GCCUUCUGCUAUGACUACCCUUGUCUUUGUUCAAUGAUUCUCUCGGCUGAUACACAAUAGAAGGCGAACGCGCGCAAAUCUAAAGGCGUUCAUUGGGUGCCCUUGGACGUUGCAGCAAACCAGGAUUCACCUUCAGUCUCGACAACAGGCACCGGUGAUAACUGCGUCGAAGCUAUUGUGAGCGACAACCAGCAACACAGACCUAGCAAAAACCCCCACCCUCUUUGCGAAACCACUUUAGCAUUAGCCAGUGAACCUUCACCCAUAUCGACGCCCGAGAACGCGACAGUCUCGCCGAAGCCUCCGAGCAAAAGCUACAAUUCUCGUCGCAGACACAAGCGUAGACGCCGCAAAGGCUAACACCCAUGGAUGAAGUACCGGCUCGCGCGUAUAUUCCUCCACAUCUUCGCAACCGUGUGAAGCCUGCCGAUGUGCCAGCGGCAAAGGUCGAGGCCUCUGUCGAUACCAACGGAUCGUCGGCCGCAUCCGUGCAGUCAAAGGCACACAAGCUACAUUCGUCACCAAACGGUGCUAGCACGACCUCGCGUCUUCCGCCUUCCCCACCCAGCACUCCUCGAGGACCUGAGGCCCGCUCCGAGAAGCAUGAGAAUGCUGAGCACUCCACACAAAAGCCUUUAAAGACGUUCCAGCCACAAGACCCCCCGAAAGCUGAGGGUGGAGGCUGGUCUGGCUGGGAUGCCCCGAGGCCUGAUCCGCCUCCAGUGGCGCCGAAGAAGGAAAACCCGCGCUGGCCAAGAACGAGAGCACCAGCAAAGCACGUGUGGCCAAAGAGUCGAGACAUCAAAGCCCAGCCUAGCGCUAGCUCCAGCGACGGCGACGGUGGUGUCACCUUCGGGUCGAACAGCAAUGGAGACCCCGACUACGAUGUCAAGAAGCUGAUGGACUGGAACGGCGAUUGGCUACCGCCUCCGGAGCAAUGGUCGGCGCGGAAGGGUCAUACAGCACGACAUCUAGGCUCUGGAGUUGAGCAGUGGAUCAAUGGCCACAGCAAGAUGUGUAUUGAGCCGAUACCCACGGACACCCUUAAGUGUCUUUCCGAAGACGGCAGCUGCCAGGAAAUCGUGCCAAGGUAUUGGAUCGUGGGAAUAAUCGAGCAAAACAGCCUGGCAACCUUCUGGAAGUCAAUGCCGGCAAGAGAUCCACCUGCACUCAGCGAUGUCAGCGAUCACCCUCCAUUCUGGGAACGAUACGCGGCCGAUGCCGACCACUUCAUUGACGGGCUUUCUGUACCUAAUGCGCGUGUUGAUCCCAGUGACCCAGACAAUAUCUGUGCUGCGCGCUAUGGUCUUUCAGCUACAUCUGAGAGUCGAGUCAAUCUUAUGAGGGAUAGGAAAGCCGACGCUGAGCGCAAAGCCAUUGCAAGACAGAGGCGUCCUGUUCGCGAAUUCACGCAGCCCACCACGCCCGUACCCGACAGGCGCAUCAAACCUGAUACCAAUAUUUAUAUCCGCCCAGUGCAGCCAGCUGAUGUUCGUGGAAUCGCUGAGAUCUACAACCACUAUGUUCAGACCUCCAUUCACGCCAACGAGUUUGAACAGCGCGCUCAGCAACAGAUUGGUAAUCGCAUCGACGCCAUUAUCAAAGCGGGCCUGCCCUUCCUGGUCGCGAUUGGUAGAGGCAAUCAACCUAGAGAACCUCAAGCCUAUGUCAGCGAGAAGAUCGUCGGAUAUGCAUCUCUCGAUGACUAUUGCGACCAGUCGAGCAUGUAUCGCUACACCUUUGACCUCGAAGUCUAUGUUCAUCCAGGAUACACUGGCAAGAAGGUCGCAAGUUGUCUGCUGGACCGGCUUUUGGAAAUGGCGAAUACGGGCUACAACGCAUGUGGGGGCUAUGAGUACCGAAACGACUCUGAAUACCUCAAGACUGGAAUAGGCCGAGUCAUUAAGACCAUUAUGCUCACUGCUCACAUGGAGCAUGACAACGAGGAGAAAUGGGUCACAGAGUUGUUGAAGCGCUUCAAGUUCCUCCGCGCGGGCCACAUUCCCUAUAUCGGCUACAAGCUCGGCAAGGUGGUUGAUGCGCACUUGUAUCGACAUGUCACGACCGAGACGAUUGACCCGUCUCAGAGGCCCACUAUCUCCCUCGAACGAGACUGA